AUGGAGGCAUCCCCGCUGAUCAAGGCGCACGACCACGCACGAGAGGCGUCCAUAGCCACCCAUUCACUGGACACGACCGUUGCGGUCACAGAGCAUGCACUUGCGGCGGGCGAGUUUGCCACGGCAGCUCAGACCACCGCCAGCACAGAGGCUCUACGAACGCUGAAGCUGCUCGAGCAGCACCACGAACGGUUGUCCCGGCUGCUGCGAUACUCGAUCGAACACCCGACACAACAGCAGAAGAAACAGCAGCAGGAGCAGAAGCAGCAGCAGCAGCAGCAGGAAGUGGGGGGUGACACAGCGAACGAGAAGGAUGGAACAGCAAGCACGGCAGCAGGAGGAGCCAGCAGAACGACGACGGCAUCUGUGUCGGGCGUAGUAUCGCGGGGCGAGUUCUCGAAUGCGAGCCGAUCGCGGGCAGAGGGCCAGACGGGCUUCGACCAGACGGAAGCGGGCAGAACAGGCUCGGCGGCGGCAGUGUCCAUGUCGGCGACAGCAGCAGCACAUCAAGCGGGCGCAGCAGCGAUGGCCAGUGCGCUGGGAUCGUCCCCGUCUUCUCAGCCGCAGCGGCGAUACCCGGCGACGCGCGAGCUGUCGUCGUCGAUUGCCAACAAUUUGGCAUCGGCGCGAGGCAUCCGGGGACGACACCGCGGGCAGCCAGCAGCGCCCAGCAUGUCCAAUGAGCAGGCGCCCGGCAAUCUGGACGGCCAGCUGGGCGGCAGCCCGGACGGGUCGCGGACGCACAUGCAGAGCGUGCUGCAACAGCUGCCGGACGGGAAGCCGAGCUGGGUGCCGCCGGGUCACGCGUCGGUGGCAGCGGUGCCGUCGCGGCUGAGCGCCGAGAAGAGCGAGGGCCAUCUGAGCCAAAAGAGCUGGGACGAGGACCAGGCGACAACGAACACGGCCACGGCCGUCUCGGCUCCGGAUGACGGAUUCUCCCGGUUCUACAGCCGGUUUGGCAGCUUCAUCAACCGGCUGUCGGCGCCGCUUGCCUUUGCAGGACUGCCGCUCAUCGCCGAGGAGCCGGGCAGUGUGGCAGGCGGAGGCGACGCCACAGAGCAACCGCCGGUCGAGCAGCAGACGGCACCACAUCCCAUCCCACCGCAGCGACGGCGAAGCAGGCCGCCGUCUGUGAUGCUGCCGACGUCGCCGCCGUCGUUUGGGGCCGAGCCGGAACUGUCCAAGAUCUAUUCCAAGGCGGCGCUGCGGGCGAUCGGCCGCGACGGACACAGUGCGAUGGACUCGUUCUACGUGGUGCCGCGGACGGGCCACACGGCGUCGUACGCCAACAUCCUCAGCUUCGACCAGAAGGAGAGGCGGCGGAUGGCGGCGUCGGUGCAUGGCGAAGAGGAGCUGCUGGACCAUGGCGACGAAGACGCGUUUAUUGACGCGAAGGAUUCGCAGCAGAACGGGCGGCGGGCAGUCCGGGGCGGUGGACGCGAGGCGCAGCACGUGGUCGAGGAGCUAUACAUUGAGAACCAGAGCCUCAAGGACAUGCUGGACAAGCUGAGCAAGCGGCUGCACGCGUUCGAGGCGAGCGCACAGCACUCGCACAUGGCGCUGCAGGAAAGCAUGCGGCUGAUGCGGCCGGGAUCGCCACUAUCAGCGAGCGCUAUGGGUGGGCGGCCGGUGAUGGAGUAUGGAGGAGGAGGUGGUGUUGGUGCUCCUUCCGACGAGAUCCCAAAGCGGAUGACGGAACUGGAAAUAGAGCUGACACGGGCGCUGCGGCAGCUUGAAGCGUCGGAGAAGGAACGGGCACACCAGGAGAAGACGCUGCAGCGGUACCGCGACAAGUGGGAGAAGCUCAAGGCGGACGCCAAGGCACGCAAGGGUGCCCAGAUCCAGGGGCAGGGACCGUCGGCUUCCGAUGGGACAACGACGCCUCGGUGA